AUGGGGCGUAAAGCAACAAUUGCUUGUGCGACGUUAAAUCAGUGGGCGCUAGAUUUCGAGGGGAAUCGCGACAGAAUUUUGCAGUCAAUUUUGGAGGCAAAAGAAUUGGGGGCCAGUUUUAGAACCGGGCCCGAGUUGGAAAUAAGUGGUUACAAUUGUCAGGACCACUUUCACGAAAGUGAUACUUUUUUGCACUGUUGGGAGGUGCUAUCUGAACUACUCACAGCCCCGAUAUGCAAAGAUAUCUUAAUAGACAUUGGUAUGCCUGUAAUGCACAAAAACGUGGCUUACAAUUGCAGGGUUGUUUUUUUAAACUGCAAAAUAUUACUUAUAAGACCAAAAAAAUUAAUGUGUGAUGAUGGCAACUACAGGGAGACUCGUUGGUUUACAAGCUGGAAAAAAGAAAAGGAAACCGAACUUUAUUAUUUACCGAGAAUGAUUAGUAAAAUAACUGGACAAAAAGAAGUUCCAUUUGGUGAUGCAGUUAUAUCCACAAGAGAUACUUGCAUUGGUUUUGAAAUUUGCGAGGAAUUGUGGUCAGCACGGAGCAACCACAUCGAUUUAUCUUUGGAUGGUGUGGAAAUUAUAUGCAAUAGUUCUGGGAGUCACACAGAGCUGAGAAAGGGUUAUGUAACCGUUGAUUUGGUAAAAAAUGCAACAAUGAAAGCAGGUGGUUGUUACAUUUUCAGUAAUUUAAGGGGGUGUGAUGGUGAAAGGGUUUAUUUUAAUGGGUUGUCUUCUAUUGCAUUAAAUGGAGAGAUGAUUAGUAUUGCCAAACAGUUUUCUUUGGAGGAAGUUGAAGUAAUAAUUGCUACAGUAGAUUUAGAAGACAUCAGAACAUACAGAAACGCAAAAAGAUCACAUGCAAAUCUAUCAUCAAGUUCCAAGGCAUUCCCAAGAAUUUUUGUUGAUUUUUCUCUAUCCCCUGAACAGGAUGCAACACUGCCAACUGCAAGCCCUAUUGAAUGGGUCAGCUUAAAGCCUGAGGAAGAAAUAGCUUUGGGGCCAGCUUGCUGGUUAUGGGACUAUCUUAGACGUUCAGGCCAAGGUGGAUUUUUUCUGCCACUUAGUGGGGGUAUAGAUUCUUCCAGCACAGCUCUAAUUGUGUAUUCCAUGUGCAGAUUAAUUAUUGAGCUCAUACAAAAAGGAGAUUCCAAAGUGUUAUCAGACCUCAGAAAAAUAACUGGUGAUCAAGAGUAUACACCAAAAUCCGCAAGUGAUUUAUGUAACAGAAUUUUAGUAACUUGUUACAUGGGUACAGAAAAUUCCUCAAAGGAAACCAAACAAAGGGCAUCACAACUUUCAGCUUCAAUUGGAAGUUAUCACAUGAAUAUCAUCGUAGACAAAGCCGUAAGCGCCGUACUGGAAAUAUUCAGCACAGUAACGGGUAUGUUUCCGAAAUUCGCUGUUAACGGAGGGUGCCCCAGGCAAAAUUUGGCCCUGCAAAACAUACAGGCCCGGCUUCGUAUGGUUUUAAGUUAUUUGUUUGCACAAUUAAUGUUGUGGGUGAGAGGCAGACCCGGAGGAUUACUCGUGCUUGGGUCUGCAAACGUUGACGAAGCACUAAGGGGAUAUAUGACGAAAUACGACUGCUCAAGCGCAGAUAUAAAUCCCAUAGGAGGCAUAUCAAAAACCGACUUAAGAAUGUUCAUGAACUACGCGAAAAUUGAGUUUAAUAUUCCCAUAGUAGGCGAGAUUAUCACCGCGCCCCCUACGGCCGAAUUGGAACCGUUGAAACAGGGCCGGCUCGCCCAAACCGACGAGCAGGAUAUGGGAAUGACUUAUGCUGAAUUAAGCCAGUUUGGACGAUUGAGAAAAAUUCAACGGUGUGGACCGUAUUCAAUGUAUUGCAAGUUAGUGCAGACUUGGUCCAAGGAUUAUACUGCCAAACAGGUGGCUGAAAAAGUUAAGCACUUUUUUAGGUGUUAUGCAAUAAAUAGACACAAAAUGACAGUUUUGACUCCUUCAUAUCAUGCGGAAGCAUACAGUCCAGAUGAUAACCGAUUUGAUCACCGGCCCUUUUUAUACCGGGCGAACUGGUCCUGGCAGUUUAGAGCAAUAGACAAACAGGUGGAAUAUCAGGUCAGCCAAAAGAGACUUAUGCAACCUUCUACAGGAGCCAAUAAAAAAUUAGAUAGUAUAAGAACAGGUGUAACAGUUUAG